AUGAGGUUCUUAAGGAACGGAGGAGAGGCGGCGGUGUUCAAUGCUAAAUGUGGAGUUGUGUCUUCCACAUUGAAAGCUCAGCACCCUGCAGGGGCAAUACAAGCUGUAGAGAUCAGCUCUCAGUAUUUACUGCUCUUCUGCAGAUACCCCUAUAAAAGACAAAGUGAAAUCAUUCAUAUUGAACUCUUCAGCGCUGAAUCUUUCCAGUAUCUGCGCUCCAUCUUGGGUUGCAGUCAGGACUACAUUUCCCAGGUCACCGUUGCAGGAGGCGGGUCCCACAUUGUGGCCUUCUGCCCCGCCCCUCACCAUGGCACCACUGAAAUUAUUAUCUGGAACAUUGAGACGGAAGACCAUAAACACAUUGCACGCUUUCCUGGCCUAAUGACACACGGAGAGUGUUCUGACCUGCGGUUCUGUGUGGGCUUUUGUGUGGGGGAGCGACUUUUACGCAUGUGGAACUUGGGAUCCAGAAUUAAUGACCAAACACUCACAUAUAAUGUGCACAAAGUGCACAUUGACGGCACAGCAGAGAUUGUGACCAUGCAGAAAAACCCGAGGUAUGUAGUGUGUCGAAGUACACGUCCCGGUACAGUGAGGAUCUGGAAUGUGGCUCGGGUGCGACUGAAGGGUCGUCCUGUACAGGUGGAGCAUGGCCUGUUCUCAAGUUCAGACAUUGCUCUAAUACGAGACCUGAAAAUCUACAUACUGUCAGACCUAACUACCUCCAACUUUACUGACGCAGCUGUUUACCAGACCCUGUUGGUGUAUGACCUUCUGAAAAAGAGCUACAUCAAGAAACAAACUGGACUGUUCAUUGUGCCCUGUCCUCAGCAGGACUAUCAUCUCCUGGAGGGUGAAAUACUGCUGGGCCUUUCAGAAACACGGGAUCAUCUGAUAUUGUGGGAUCUGGACUCUGGCUAUAUUAAAGGACGUAUUAAGACGUCCUACAAAGAAAGCCUGCUCCUCAGCAUGGACACGGAUUCACAUAUUAUGCCCUCAAAGGAGAAGACAGGUCUAGUGAUGCCAUGGGACAGGCGCACCGAAACCCAGAAUGCAAAAAGGAUUCGACAAGAGCGUGAGGCGAAGAGAAAGAAAGAUGAACAGAAGCGCUUCGAAAGAGAGAAGUUCAACUCUAUAGACCAGUAUCUUCUCAGUGGAGAUGAGCAGGUGGUCGUAUGUUCAUACUUUGCCCAUCAUCUUAAUGUCUUCAGUGUGAUUUCUGAGGAGCAUCUGCACACACUUGAGGACCGAUGGUCCCUUCUGAGCCUCCGUACUGCUGCAAUCACUCAUAAUGGAGAGCACUUGGUGGUUUCCAACUACAGUGAGGCCCAGCAUGCUCCAUUCCUCACCCUCUGGGACACACAACGGGGCAUGGUGCGGAAGAGAUUGAAAAAUGAACCUGGAAUCUGUUGCAUUGCUGUAAGUGACGAUGCCUGCAGAGUGGUGUUCGGGAUUGCAGGAUUCAACAAGCUGAAAGUAUGGGAUCCAUUCCGGAGGAAGCAUAAAAACAUCUCUGGUUACGGGAGUUUAAAUCUUAACUGGUCCAGCCAGCUCUUUAUCACUGAAGGACAAUCCAGAGCCAUUUUGUUAUCAGGCGCAGUGAGCAUGUGGGACCUGGACAAUGGGACGUUGCUGUCAGUCUUCACACCUGACUCUAAGAUCCAGAGCAUCUCUCUACUUGGACCAAGCAAUGGCACGUUGCUUUUAGGCUUUAGUGACAUGUCAACUCUCAUCACCAUGCUGGUCAGCCAACAAAACGCACACACUAAAUCCAGCACUGCUUGUGGAAAAGACCUGUUUGGGGAAUCCAGCAGUAGUGAAGAUGAGGAACAUGAACUAGCAAAUCAGUCCUGACUGGAACAGAAGUUCAGUGUUGAGGAAGCUGAAAUUGUAGCUUGAUAAGCUACAAGCAGCUCAUCAUGAAAGCUAGCUAAGCUACUGUCACUUCGAAAAAAGUUGCUAGCUACACUACUAGUUAAUUCCUAAAAGUAGCUGUAGGUGGGCUUAACAAACCACCUGUAGAAAACAUUCCCCUCAUUGACACAUUAAGCGACACAAACACUAUGCAUUUAUAAAGUGUACUUCACACAGGCGAGUAGGCUUGACAAACCACCUGUAGAAACACUAGCACUAAGUUCUCUGAGCACAAACUAGUUUCUUUGUACAGCACUUUUUGGGUGUAUUGCCUUUUCUUGUUAAAUCGCUGAAUGUCUCCUAAAUAGCUUUGGACAAAAGCAACUGCUAAAUGACUAAAUGUAAAUGUAGCUGGUUAAAUUGAAGCUGCUUCAUUUGCAAAGAUGUGUUUAACAAAAAUAUGUAUUAGGAAUACUCUGAUAGAUUGGCUGAAGAUCGGUAUCGGCCGAUAAUCACAUUUUAU